GCAGUUAGAAAGCCCGUCGCUGAAAAACACUCAACUACCUUCCCCUUUAGAGGGACACUUCCGGCCUCCCAUCUGCCAUAGAGACCAGGCAACUGCAGAGAAGGGACAAUAUGGCACCAUAGAGAUAUAGAGGGAGGAAUAACAUACCUCAUCCUUAUCUCAGAGAUAGAAAAAUGCGGUCACUACAGACUUUUAACAAAUCCUUCCAGCCGGCGGAGGGACCUUCUGAUUGUUUUUAUAUCAAAUUAAAAAAAGGAUGGGGGGGGGAAUAACACCUCCCCAAACUGAACAAGGUGGUUAUUUUUGAUGCCAUUUCCUCACCAUUUUGGCUACACCAGCAAGGGUGAGACUGAACUGCAACAAAAUGUUGUAGUUCCACCCCACCCCUUUUUCGGUUCCCACAAAGUCAGUAUCCCAUGUCUACCACAGAGGCAACUGUUUGUGCAACUGUCAGGGUUGCUAAAUAUUAGUGGUUGAGUUCGGAAGACACGCUAAUCAACUGGGGUGUGUGUGUGUGUGUAUGUGUAAUAGGAACAGACUGGGAAACAACUGUUGAUUAGCGUGUCGUCCGAACUCAGCCAGGAUUUUAAAACGCUGCUUUGGAAGUUAUACGAACACACGCACACAUCGGAAUUCGUUUUGGUUCUUGGCUGUCCUGGAUUUCUAGCCAAAGAGAUCCGCACACAUGCACACUUCGGGUUGCAGCAAAGAUAAACGACCAGCGUGGUUUCACUCCAACCCCCGCAAAGCCAACGUUCAACUGAACGCCUUGGCUGAGUUCGGACGACACUCUAAUCAACGGCUAUUUUCCGUUUUGUUGCUAUUACCGCCCCCUGCCUCCCGUUGAUUAGCGUGUCGUCCGAACUCCGCCUCUGUCGAUGUCUAUACUCAUCCUUAACUCUAUGGACUGGAGUAUAUCUAUCUAUCCUAAACAGAGAGCAUAGAGAUAGGAAGUCUGCGGUAGAGAGAUCUCAACUUCCGGUCUCUUAUCCCAGGGCCAAAUCGUGGUGCGGUUGAACGGUCCAGAUCACGUCCAAUCAUUGAUGAAGCGCGGCAUUAAAAGAGAUAAGGAAAAAGAGGCAAGCCUUUCUGGGGUCCACCAGCACCGGCAUGGCAUCUAUAAUCGACAAGUCUCUGCUAUCCACUGAGUUGCAGGAGGGAGAGGAAGAUGAAGAAGAGGAGUUCCACCGUCUCCUGCUCCAGGCAUCCCAGAAAAUCCAGAGCUCAGUGCCCUCUCUGGUGGAGUCCAAGCCCAUCCGCCCGCUCCCAGGGUUCUGCCUUAAAACCCGCACGAGUUCUGGCGAGAAGGUCUUCGUCAAUGUCUGCAGGUCCUCCCACGUCCCCCCACCUCCCGACCUGACCAACGAAGAGCUGGCCUGCCUCAUCGAGUCGGAGAAUGCCUCUACCUUCCGGAUCCCAAUGAGCCUGGGAGAACCCCAUGCGGAAGUGGACAAGAGUGGCAAUGGUUGCACGGCGUACGACGUCACCAUCAGCACCAGCUUUUUCAACAAGAUGGAGACUAACGAAUUCCUCAAAGAGUUCUUCAUCACAGUUGCCUUGGAAGGAUUGUCGGAAAAGUACAAGAUGGAUGUCAGCAACCAAGAAUGGCGAAUCCUGAAGAACAGGAAGUUCAUGGGCUCCAUAUCAGAACAGACGAUCCGCACCAAAUCCAAACCCAUCAUCCAGGAGAUGGAGAGCAGCCAAAUCAAGGAGAAAACUGGUCAUCUUCUGCAGCCAUCUGUGUCUCAGAGCUCUACCACCGUUCCUGAAUUCACCAUAGUUGCUGAGCCCUCUCUCAGUCACCCUGACCGCCUAGUAGCGAAAAUCAGCCUCCCUAAAAUGGUCUCGGUGAGAUCCCUUGAGCUGGACCUAGGAGAGGAUCGAAUUGUGUUAUGGGGACACCCCAGCCUCUACCAUCUGGACAUCUUCAUCCCCUACAGCAUUGACCCUGAGGAAAGUAGGGCCCAGUUCCACCAAGCAACGAAGGUCCUCACUGUGCUGAUGCCCAUCCAGCACCCGCUGCUGUUGCCCUGAGCAUCAAGGAGAAAAUUUGGAAGAACGGUCGCCCUGCAGGCUGGGACCCUGUUGUGAGGACGUGUCUAGAGAGCAGCGCCGUGGAGGAUACACUAGGAUGAAGAAUGGAGACUGGAGGAAGUGGUGGGGCUGGACUUCCUGUCACCGGAACGGGGCUGGACUUGUGGGGACUCAGUUGAGGCCAGCGGCAGCCUCUCUAGCACACCAGCUCUGUAUCCAACACGCAAAAUAAAGCACACGUUGGACGAGA